AUGGCCAACCUUCCAACGCUAGUCUUUGUUCCUGGUGCAUGGCAUUCACCUGCCUGCUACAAUAAGAUCAUCAAACCCCUACAAGAGAAGUACAAGCUGAAAUGUAUCGCUGUCACACUCCCUUCAACCACUGGAGACCGGAACGCGACCUUCAAAGAUGACCUCGACGCUGCACGCAAAGCAAUUUCCGAUGAAACAAGUUGUGGACGAGACGUGGUGGUCGUUGCCCACUCCUACGGUGGUAUGGUUGGAAACAGUGCUAUCAAAGAUUUUGCUCGACCACGAGGAACGGCUGCAAAAAAGUCUUCAUCAGUAUCAAGAUCAACUGAUGCUCAACAUACAACUGCCGGUUACGUCGUUGGCCUCAUUCUCAUAGCCUCCGGCUAUACCUUCACGGGGCUCGCCUUUAUGGACCCCUUCCUCGGACAUCCUCCCCCUAUGUGGCGUGUAAAUAACGAGACUGGAUUUGCCGAUAUCAUCACUCCUCCACGCCAGUUUUUCUACCAUGACUUGCCAGCAGAUGAGGCGGAGUACUGGGCCUCCUUGCUCACUCCACAGAGUCUCAAGGCAUUGUUCGAGGGGGCCGAAUACGCUUAUGCUGGUUGGAUGGAUGUGCCUUCUUGGUAUAUCGGCACCGUUGAGGACCAGGGGCUACCGGUGGUAGUACAGCGCAUGAAUGUAGGAAUGGCAAGAGGAAUGGGUGCAUCUGUUGUUCACAGGGAGCUGCAGACAAGUCAUUCGCCCUUUUUGAGCCAACCGCAGGAGACUGUCAAGAUUAUGAUUGAGGCUAUCGAAUCAUUUACUGGGAAGCCAGUGGAAGACGCUGCAGCGAGAAGAGAGAAAGAUAGCAAGAUAAUACUGCCAGAUCCUAGACUAUGGCGGCCUAUUACGUGGUAUCGGUUUGGGUUGCCCCUUUUCUUUGGACACGUAAUCGGAAACUGCAUUACCUUCUUUGGCUGGAGCAGGAGGUUACUGGGAUUUAAGUAG